AUGGCACAGAGUAAUUGGGAAGCAGAUAAAAUGCUUGAUGUGUACAUAUAUGAUUAUUUGGUGAAGAAGAAAUUGCAUGCCACCGCAAACUCAUUCAGGACUGAAGGGAAGGUUGCCCCCGAUCCAGUAGCGAUUGAUGCUCCUGGGGGGUUUCUUUUUGAAUGGUGGUCUGUCUUCUGGGAUAUUUUUAUAGCAAGGACAAACGAGAAACAUUCUGAAACUGCUGCAGCAUAUCUAGAGACACAACAAAGUAAAACAAAGGAACAGCAACAGCUGCAAAUGCAGCAGUUGCAACUAAUUCGUCAAGCUCAGUUGCAACGAGGGGGUCCUAAUAAUCAAACUGUUGGUGGUCCGGUAAAUUCUAUUGGCACCGAAGGAAUGCUGGGGCAACCAAACGCCAGUGCAUUGGCUGCAAAAAUUUACGAGGAACGUAUGAAGCAUUCCAACCUUAUGGAGUCUGAAACAUCGCAACCGCUUCUUGAUGCUAGGAUGGCCCUGCUCAAAUCAACUACAAACCAUCCAGGCCAGUUGGUCCAAGGAAAUCCUAGGAAUGUUACUGCAGCACUGCAACAAAUCCAGGGACGUACUCACCAGACUGCUGAUGUCAAACCUGAAGCAAACCUGGGUGCUGCCCAGAGAUCUUUGCCUAUGGACCCUUCAACCAUUUAUGGACAGGGAAUCAUGCAGUCAAAACCUGGAAUUGGAAAUGCAGGGUUGAAUCCUGGGGUCAAUGGUCUUCCAUUAAAGGGAUGGCCCUUAACUGGAAUUGAACAAAUUCGACCGAGUUUGGGUGCACAAGUUCAAAGGCCUCUUUUACAUGGGCCAAGUCAGUUUCAGCUUUUGCCACAGCAACAACAACAGCAGCUCUUGGCACAGGUCCAGGCACAAGGCAACCUUGCUGCUUCACCAAUGUAUGGAGAUAUGGACCCACGGAAGUUCAGGGGAUUGCCUAGAGGUGCCUUGAACAACAAAGAUGGCCAAUCAAAUGUAAAUGAUGGAUCUAUUGGGUCUCCAAUGCAAUCAACUUCAUCUAAGAUGAAUUUGCCACAGAUGCAACAAUCAUCCUCUCAACAAGAUCCUUUGCAACCACAGCAAGCACAGCAGAGUAACCGAAAGAGGAAAGGCCCUUCAUCUUCUGGACCUGCUAACAGUACCGGUACAGGAAAUACAAUAGGCCCUUCUAAUUCUCAGCCAUCAACUCCAUCAACUCAUACUCCUGGUGAUGGAAUUGCCACAGCUGGUAACUUGCAGCAUGUCAAUAGCAUGCCAAAAGGCUUGAUGUAUGGUGGUGAUGCAACUGGAGCUCUUGCAUCAUCCACAAACCCACUGGAAGACAUUGAGCAUUUUGCAGAUGUUGGCUCCUUAGAUGAUAAUGUGGAAUCGUUUUUAUCACAUGAUGAUGGAGAUGGAAGGGAUUUGUUCGGUGCUUUAAAAAGGAAUUCUUCUGAACAUGCUGCUGAAGCUUCAAAGGGUUUCAACUUCAGUGAAGUUAGUUCGAUACGCAAAAGUAAUGGGAAAGUUGUUUGCUGUCACUUCUCUACAGAUGGGAAAUUGUUGGCCAGUGCUGGGCAUGACAAGAAGGUUGUUCUUUGGAACAUGGAAACUCUGCAAACUGAGUGCACUCCUGAAGAGCAUACCCACAUUAUUACCGAUGUUCGUUUCAGGCCAAAUUCAACUCAGCUGGCAACAUCGUCUUUUGAUACAAGUGUACGCCUCUGGGAUGCUGUAGAAGGAGGGACUGCACAAGUUAGAUUUCAGCCAAGAAUCGGACAACUGUUGGCUGCAGCUUCGGAAAAUGUUGUGUCCAUCUUUGAUAUUGAGACUGACAGACAAACACACUUGUUACAGGGGCACUCCACAGAGGUACAUUCUGUUUGUUGGGAUGUAAAUGGAGACUACUUGGCAUCUGCCAGUCAAGAGUCAGUUAGAGUGUGGUCAUUGGCCACAGGAGAUUGCAUUCAUGAACUUAGUUCGAGUGGGAACAAGUUCCAUUCUUGUGUUUUCCAUCCAGGCUAUUCCACUCUCUUGGUUAUUGGAGGCUACCAGUCACUGGAGCUCUGGAACAUGGCGGAGAACAAGUGUAUGACAGUUUCAGCUCACGAGUGUGUGAUAUCAGCUUUGGCUCAAUCACAAGCUACAGGGAUGGUUGCUUCUGCUAGUCAUGACAAAUGUGUGAAGAUAUGGAAAUAA